CACUCUCCUCCUUUCUAGUGGUGGUCCUUUCUCUCACCUCUUCCCACCCAGAUAACAUCCAGCAAGUCCGUGUGAGCUUUUCAGAUGGAGGGAGCGACACAAAGACAGAGAUAAAGCCAACAACUCGAUCAUUUUUCAGGAGAGACCUGGCACAAUCCUCUUUGCAAGUGGUCAGAAGAAAUACAGAGGAAGGAGUUCAUAAUUCUUACAGUAACAUACAUACAGAUCCACCAAAGGCAUUACCAUCGCUGGCUACUGCUCCUGGCUCAAAAUGCUGUUUACUCUAGGACUUCUCCUCCUUCUCACCCCAUUUCCCUCCUUUCAAUCCCCGACCAAUGAGAGGAGAGACUCGCCAGGAAGCGACAUGACCAAACCCAAUGCCGUUUUCACCCCGUCAAAACCAAAAACCACUGUUGCUCUCGCCAAACAGACCGCUCGCCCAACCCUAAAGCCAAACACAGUCAAUCAGACGGUUUUAUCCACUCCAGCAACAGCCAAAAACAAGCCCGCCCCAGCAGUAAUUCAAACCAAUGCUGCAGCCGCCAGUGGCACCAUCACCAACAAAGACAAGCACACAGCCUCAUCUGAUCAAACUGUUUUAGCUAGAUCCCCUUUGACCAAAGACAAGCCUGCCCUCACAGGAACUCAGUCAGCAUCCACAAAGUCUGCUUCAGCAAGUGGUGCCAAAACCACCAAAGACAAACUCCAACCUGCAGCCAAUCAGACAGUCUCAAUUAAAUCUCCUUCAACCAGACCCAAAGACAAGCCUGCAGUUCAAAAUGUUCAGACAACAUCCUUAAAGUCUGCCCCUGUCAGUGGCACUAAAACCACCAAAAACAAGCCCACAGCCUCUGUCAAUCAGACUGUUGUAUCUAAAUCUCCCUCCACCGCUGAUUUGAAGAACUCCAAAGGCAACCAGACCACCAUUAGCAAAGAUAAGCCCGCCCCAACGCAACCACUCAAGGUGGUCAUCAGCGACGGCUGCGACUCGAGCAACACUAAGGAGCAGGAGCUGAAGCUGAAGCCUGGCGCUCCUCUGGUGAUGACGCACAAGAUCAGCUUGUUGCCCGGUGGCUGCGCGGGGGGAUGUGAGUCUGAGAUGACGGCGCUGAAAGAACGCGUGGCCCGACUGGAGAGAGAGAUGACCUCCUUAAAGGACAAAUGUCCAUGUUCUGCAAGCUGUCCAAAUGAAUGUAGUGGCAACGGGGAAUGUCAGAAGGGGAAAUGUGUGUGCCAACAGGGAUUCAUGGGUCCAGACUGCAGUAAGUGUGCACAAGGAGCUGAGUGUCAUAAAAAAGCUGCCAAAGGAAAGGUCAAGUUAACAGUUGAAACAGUGACACUGCAGGUGAACAAAGACAAGGAAAUCAUGCAGGAGAAAACCACCAAAGCAGAGCACACACUCUUCCAGAAGAAGGAGCAAACAAAGGGGUCUGAAGCCAAAGAGGCAGACAUUAAAUCCAAAGUGGUCACCAAUGCUAAAGCCGGUCUUGCUAAAACUCAAUCAAAACAAGAAUCUUCUGUUAAAAAAACAACUACUAAAGACUCUUCAAGUGCCACAAAGGCCAGUCGCCCAACUGUUGCUCAGGUUCUGUUGAAACACGAUGGAAGAAAGCAGGAAGAGGCACGCAACGGAAAAACAAUGGUACUGACCUCUAAAAAGGUUGUCCAAAAAACCGACCUCAAGCUGGUGAAGGAGGGAACUGCCGGUAAAACAUAUCCUAAAUCUGACCACCUUAAAGACCAACCUCACACCAAUGUAACACAGAGUAACGUAAAGAACGGCACGGCUAAGAUUGUGACCGUUCUGACCAAGGUCAUGGGAACAAACAAAACCAGAGCAGGGAAGGAGAGCUUGGAGCAGUCCACCCUGGCUGAGAAGAAUGGUACUCAAUCAUCUGGACACAAGAGAGUCAAGAAGGUCAAAGCAGAGACUACAACCGUGCAAUCUGUUGACAACAGAAUCACUGAAGCUGGCAACACUGGAAGAGAGAAAGUUACACAGAAGAGUCAGUAUUUAGUGAACACAACUUUUGCAGGAACUUCAGGUGAGGCUCGAGUUCUGCAGGACAAAACAACCACCCAUGGCUCUAUGAGUGCAAAGAAGACGGGAGGAUCAGGGUUAGGUUCUGUAAAGGUUGUAAACAUCUCCUCCUACAGCUUCACUGUCACAUGGUCAUCACCACAAGGGAUGUUCAAGAACUUCACCGUGAUCAGAAGAGAGCCAAAGGCAGAGGGUGAUGAUGACGACCACGAGGAGUUUGAAGAGGAAGCUCUAGAAGGAGACAAGACCUCCACAGCAAAGAACGUAACUGAAGUCCAGGUACAGAGUGAGAGCACCAACACAUCUGCUGCUGCUGGCAAAGCUGGAUCUAAAAGCAAAGCUGAAACCAAGAGGAUCUCCAUGGUGGUCCCUGGAAGUGUACGUUCUGUGGAGUUCAGUAACCUUCGGGCAAACACUGGCUACCUCCUGCAUGUAUAUGGCUCUGCAGCUGACAGAAGAUCGAAGAUCCACAGAGUGACGGCAGUUACAGGUCCUGAGCCAGCCACGGAGAUGGUUUUCAGCAAUGUAACAGAGUCUUCUCUCACCGUUUCCUGGUCCAAACCAAAGACAACAUUCUCUGGCUUCAGGGUCACGUACACCAACAUUGUUACAGGGGAGAACCGCUUUGUGACUGUGGACUGGCAGCAAUCUCAUGUGGUUCUGUCCAAGUUGUCAGCUGGAUCCUCCUACAUCAUCAGUGUGACUGCUACACAGGGCAGGGCCCAGAGCGACGCCCUCACAUCCCUUAUCACCACAGUGCCCGCCCCUCCAACACACCUGCAAGUUGUCAAUGUGACAGAUACCAGAGCUGUGCUGCAAUGGACUCCCAGUCUGGGGAAAGUUGACCGCUUCAUCAUCAGCUAUGAGUCCUCAAAGACUCCUAAUGUGACAGUGACAGUGAUGCUGUCUGGGAACUCAGUGGAGCACCAGCUGAGAGGCCUGCAGAGAGGCACCUUGUACACUGUUAAAGUGCUGAGUCAGAAGGACAGUCUCCAGAGUAUGGCCAUCUCAACUACAUUUACCACAGCUAAUGUCGUUAAAGCCGACGAGGUGGGUGCUCGCUCUGCAGUGAUAGCAUGGAGAUCUUCAACUGUUGUUUAUCACAGCUACAGACUGAUCUACCAGGUGGCAGGAGAGGAGACGAAGGAGGUGAUCCUGGAUGGCUCCGUCUCAGAGUAUAAGCUGACGGACCUGUUCCCAAUGUCACGUUACAUUGUUCUGGUACAAGGCGAGAGAGAUGGACGCUACACAUCUGUUAUCACCACGGAAUUCAUCACAGGCAAACUGCGCUUCCCCUUCCCUACUGAGUGCUCUCAGGAGCUGCUGAAUGGAGCUCUGCAGUCAGGAGAGGUGGACAUCUACCCGCAAGGGAAAGAGGGACGAGCAGUCAGAGUCUACUGUGACAUGGAGACCGAUGGCGGCGGCUGGACAGUGUUCCAGAGGAGGAUGAACGGAAAGACGGAUUUCCACAGAACAUGGAGUGAAUACAGCGUUGGCUUUGGAAACCUCAGCGAGGAGUUCUGGCUCGGAAAUGAGCUUCUCCACAACCUGACCAGCGUUGGCCCUGUGAGUCUGAGAGUGGAUAUGCAAGCUGGAAAUGAAACUGCUUACGCCCACUACGCCAACUUCUCCAUUGACGCAGCGGAGAGUCACUACACUCUCACAGUGUCUGGUUACACUGGAACUGCAGGUGACUCUAUGAGGUACCACAAUGGCCGUCCAUUCUCAGCCAAGGACAAGGACCCUGACCCUCUGGGGAUCCACUGUGCCCGGGCCUACAUGGGAGGCUGGUGGUACAAGAACUGCUACAAGACCAACCUCAAUGGUCUUUAUGGCAUCAACAGUAAUAAUCAGGGAAUUGUCUGGAUAGACUGGAAAGGAAAAGACGCCUCCAUUCCCUUCACUGAGAUGAAGUUCAGACCGUCCAGGUUCUCUCCUGCAACUCAUGGUUAAAUAUGCAUCGGUCCUCACGGGGUUCUCCAACCUGAAAAGCCCUACAUCUGACAGAGAAUCACAGCAGAAAUCCACGAGACGGUGGAUCUCACAGCUGCUGCAUGUCACUAUACAGUGGUUUUGAUAGCAGUAAUCACUGCUAUCAGUGCAUUUGAUUUCAUGUGCAAGAUUUUAUACAUGUUUUGUUUUCUGGAAAUAUACCAAAGGAGUGGAGUAAUGUUUUAUUGCAUCUUUUUUUUUUUUUUUUUUUUUUUUUUUGUAUAAUGUUCUGCCUGACCCGUCCAUUUCAACACGGUUUAUGUUUUGACUCACACACCUUCCUGUGCACCACCAUGGUAUGCCACCCCACUACUACUGUAAUUAAAUAUGCACUGUCUCACUCCAUUGGAAUAAAUGUGGCUGAUGUGGGUCUGAAGUGUCAUUUUUUGCGUGUGCUUGUUUUGUACACAUGAAUUAAA